AUGGCAUCCAUCAAACAAGAGCCCGUCGAUGAUCUCGAUGACUACAACGACAGCCGCAGCUUGCAGCGACACCGUGAGCCAGUUGAUUCCGGAUGGCCGUACAGGCCUGUCACCAUCAAACAGCAAGUUCUAGGGCACUCUGCUCGAACUCCGCACUACAAAGCAAACCGCCAGCCGGUCGUGUUCCGGGAGCGGAACGAGCGUGUUGACCAGCGGGCUCUUGGUCAGCCUGACCAGCGCCCAGCUAGCUCCACAGCAAACCUCGGUGGUGAACUCAGCGAGCGUUCACGUCAAGUUGGGCAGGCCAAGCGGUACGGUAACUACCCAGACGGCAUCUUCGGCAACGUUUUCGAAACUACUGGUAUGAUUGUAGGGUCUACAACCUGUCUGCGCGUAACUCACAUGAUGAUCGACACCGGCGCUUCUUCCAUUAUCAUCAGUGCAGCAGCAGCCGAACAGGCAAAUCUGACCGUCAUCGCCUGCGACCCUCAGACUUUCACACUUGCAGACGGAAGCCGAAUCACAUAUAACCACCUCACUCACUUCGAACUCUACAUCUCCGGCAUCCACAACAAAGUCGUUGCCUUCAUCGAUCAAGGCAAUUCAGGACACCAUACUUUGUUGGGUAAGCCCGGCAUUAAGACGUUCAACGCUACCGCCAACUUCUCCUACGGCCGCAAGAAGGAAACCCGUUGGUUCAUGGCGCAAGAUGAGACGGGCCUGCGUAGACACAAGAUUCUGCUGCACGAGGACCCGGCCAACGUAGCCUCCAUGAUGAUCCCAUACGGUCGAUACGAGGGCUUGCGCUUGGCUAUGCCGCUCGGCGAAACUGCUACGCAGCGAAACAGUCGCGAGGUUCUGGAGCGGGCCGACAAGAAGCGAGACAAAUUGUACAAGAAGCAUGAGAAGAACGUUCUGAGGAGGGGCGAUGUGCGUGACUUUCCUGAUCUCUUUGGACGUCAGUCAGAGUGA